AUGCCAGCAGCCGACAACGAACAAAUUUCUGUACUUGCUACUGUGGACUCAAUACUAAACUGUUUUACCAUUGAUCCUGAUUGCAACAUAUCAGGGAUCUUGCCUGACACCAAAAGUGAACUUACCAAAGUUGUCAAACCAGGCUACCGCAUUGUUUCCGUGAAUGACAGUCCUACCUUGGAUAGCGGAGAGCUGAAGGCGGUGCUCUUCCAAGAGACACCCAGUAAUUCUCCUGUGAAAAUUGUACUUGAGCGAAGCGAUAUCCACAGUGCCAGGAUACCCAUCGAAAAUAGUGUUUUGUUCAACGGGGAGGCCAGUAGGCUCGCGGAGCCCAAUAAAAAAGAAAUGGCACGGUUAAUGAAGACAAAUAAUUCUGAGUUUGUAACAACCAACAUGAGAAAGUCGUCAAAGACUCAUGCGUCUUUAGCUGUGGACGGGGGGGAUAAAUCGAAUGGCUCAAUACUUCACGCCAGUCAGAAUUCCUCCGUGUCUUCGUUGGGCACCAAAAGUUCUGACUCGCUAUUAUCCACCUUCAAUACGAUUUGCUUAGGUCAUCAUGACACUGAGGAUUUAAACAAGACCAUCUCGGGAAACACACCCCGUUUUCUCGAGUUUGAGAAACUAAAGGAAAGCAUCCGCAGUGAGGACACGAAGUUAGCACUUGAGAAUGCGCUGAAAGAAAUUAAUGAGAUCUCGGCGCGGCAGUGCUUCAAUAAGGCGUUGUCCAAAGCCAAACUCGGCCGGUGCAUCAUUUGCAUUGUGAGAAACCUCAACCCAACUGCAGAGCUAGAAAUUCUCGCCAUGACUUCCAAACGACCUUUGAUCGUGAUUGACGCCGGCGUGAAGCUUCAACAGCGACCUAACCCAGCUGCAUUUACCAAACAAUUUGUGAAAGCCAUGCGCACCGGCUCCUGGUUCCUCUUCGCUAAUGCCCACAAAUCGAUUAACCUCUGUAGCGUUCUGGAAAGCCUGCUUAAGGAAGCACAUUCUCACAACCUAGAGGGAUUUAACCCUAAUGCGAAAAUCAUUAUUAGCUUGAACCCGCACAUCCACUUCCCCAAAAGUUUAAUCCACGACGCCGUCGUGAUCAAGCUGGUGUCGAGCUUCAAAGGGUCGGCCAUUAUGUAUGAUUCACUGUGCACGACCGUGACGAAGAGCCGUUUCGUCACCUCGGACACCCUCUCCCUGUCCCUCACCCAUCCCUCCAUUUUGGGGGCCUCAAUGGCGGUCACGCAGACCCCCCCUAAGCGCCGUGUGGCCAUCAGUGCCGCGGUCGACAUCGUGGACAUCGCCCCUCGCGAGGUCCUCCACUCGCCCUCGCACGAACCUGUUAUUGACGUGACCGGGAGUAUUGUUCUGGUGAACACCGUGCGUGGGGUCCCGGGGGAUAAAUUCCUCUGCGUCCGCGCCGCUGGGGCCUCCUCACGGGUUGCCGUGGGGUCCUCCUACGGCAAUGUGUACUUCCUCGACACGCUUGGGAACUCCCUGUUACAGACCCACGUCCACCCCACCUCGAUCUGGGACCUCAGCUUCCAUGGGAAGUACACCUUUAUCACGGGCUGCGAAGACGGCACGGCGGUGGCCUGGCGGCUUGAUCGGAAGGUUGACACAGGGACUCAGGGGCCGGUCCUGCGGCCUUUGUCCGCGACUUCGCUCGGGGCGGACGUUUAUUGUGUCAGUUACCUGAAGAACCAACCGGACCCGCCUUUUGUGAUCGGGGGCCUGCACAACCACCUUGUGAUUCGGCCAAAAGUGAAACCCAGGGAAUCAGAGCGGCUGGAGACGGUGGAGAUCCCGCUCAACGCGCAGACCGUCGACUGCUUGCCGUUCAGUGCAACCGCGCUGGUAGGGGGGGGGGAUGGAUCGGUCAGCAUCAUCGACGUCUCGGCCGUGAGGUCGCUGGGAUCCUUCCAAAAGCACACCAGGAAGAUCCCCGCGCUGACGGUGCGUGAUAAUCAUCAGUUCUUCACUGGGGGCUUUGACAGUACGAUUCUCUCAUGGGAUCUGCGAGUCCCAGGGGGCUCAACGUCGUCCGUGAAUAUUGAGACGCUGUACACCCUCAAGCUUCGGAACUACGUGACCGGUCUUGAUGUCCAGAACGUCCACCUCGCCGCAUGUGUAGGCGAGAACUUGUACUUGUGGGACAUUCGAAAGCUUAACACCGUCCUUGGUGGAUAUCCACAGGGCUGGGUCGGGUUGUCGCGCGGCAUUAAGAUACAGCAUGACGCCCGUCUGGUGGUAACGGCUUCUCCGGAUGGGUUCCUUCGAUUUUGGAAUUAUGUUUAA